UCUCUCGGGGAAGAAGGAGGUAGGUCAGGUCGCGUCGCGCUGUGAUGACAUCACCGCCGUCGCCUUCCGUUCCCGGAAGCGGAAGGAGACCGGGAUGGGGAAGGCGUUGGCGCUGCUGGGGAAACAAGUGGCGGGCUCGGUCCCGUGAGCGCGGGGCGGCGAUGGCCGGGGCCCGAGGCGGCUCCGCGUCGGUUCAGGCCGCCGGGGCCUUGGCGGAGCUGCUGCUGGAGUUCUCCCGGGCGCAGUACAAGGCCCGCGACGGCGGAGGAGGAGGAGGCCCCAAGGAAGCCCUUGUCGGCGGCAGCGGAGGGGCUGGAGGCAACGCCAAGGUAGAUCGCAUUGAAAAAUGCUGCCUUGAGCUAUUCAGCAGGGACUAUUGCUACAGCCUAAUCCACAACAUGAAUGGUGAAAUCUGCAGCCACUAUCCCCGGCUGAUUGUCUUCUUAGAAUAUGAGAGCACCGAUCAAGAAAGACAUACAUUUGAAAGUACUGUCCAAGUUGGCAAACUGCAAGACCUCAUCCAUCGCAGCAAAAUGGCAAGGUGCAGGGGACGGUUUGUCUGCCCUGUCAUCCUCUAUAAGGGAAAGCAUAUAUGCCGAUCAGCCACCCUGGCUGGCUGGGGGGAACUUUAUGGGCGCACAGGAUACAACUACAUUUUCUCAGGGGGCUCAGAUGAUGCCUGGGCAGAUACAGAGGACCUGUCAGAAGAGGACUCCGCCUUCAGAAAUGCAGAUUCUCAGCUGUUUGACAAGGUCCGAGGACAUGACAUCAAACUCUUACGCUAUCUGUCUGUUGCAUACAUCUGUGACUUGAUGGUAGAAAACAAGAAAGUGAAGUUUGGCUUGAAUGUAACAUCUUCCGAGAAGGUGGAUAAAGCACAGCGCUAUGCCGACUUUACUCUUCUUUCCAUCCCAUACCCAGGCUGUGAAUUCUUCAAGGAGUACAAAGAGCGGGAUUACACCGCAGAAGGGCUUGUUUUUAAUUGGAAACAGGAUUAUGUAGAUGCUCCAUUAAGCAUCCCAGUCUCUCUCACGCGGCCAUUAAACAUAGACUGGAGCGAGUAUCAGAGCUGGGACCUUGUGCAGCAGACACAGAACUACCUGAAGCUUUUGAUCUCCAUUAUCAAUGGUGACGAUGACAGUGGGCUCCUGGUACACUGUAUAUCCGGCUGGGACAGGACGCCACUCUUCAUCUCCCUCCUGCGCCUCUCCCUGUGGGCUGAUGGGCUGAUCCACACAUCCUUGGAACCUUCAGAGAUACUUUACCUGACAGUGGCCUACGAUUGGUUCCUCUUUGGUCACAUGUUAGUGGAUCGGCUCAGCAAAGGAGAGGAGAUUUUCUUUUUCUGCUUCGAUUUUCUGAAGCACAUCACCUCUGAGGAGUUCUCUGCCGCCAAGCAGCUGAGGAGGAAAAGUCUGCCACCCGGAUUCACGCUAGAAGAGAUCUGUAUGCUAAAGCAGAGAGACCGAGGCAGUACCACUAGUCUGAGCAGCGAUUUCUCUCUUGUGAUGGAAAAUUCUCCUGGAGCUGCAGGAAGUUUCACCUACGAAGCGGUAGAGCUGAUGCCAGCAGGGUCUCAAACACAGGCUGCUUGGAGGAAAAAUUGUGCAUCCUCUCCUCAGACAGUUCUGUGGAGCCGGACACAACAACCUGAAGACAAGCUGCCUCUCCCAGGAGUACCUGAAGCACGGUCCUCUAGUUCCUCCUCUUCUAAUCACUCAGAUAAUUUCUCAAGACUGGGCAGCAGUCCGCUGGAAGUACCCAAGGCCAGAUCGGCUGAGCACUCUCUUCCUGGAUCUUCCAUCUCUACCGACUUCGGCAGCUGGCAGAUGGUAACAGGGAGUGGCAGUAUACAGGAGCAGACAGAUUCCUCCCUUCCUUACAGCUUUCCGGAUGAGCGCCCUAACAGUUCUUUGUUGGUGACGCUGACGGAAAGGGAAUCCCGGCUGGAAGAAGUGCGUUCGACAUUCUUGGCUGCCUAUCACAGUACAGUGGGCCUGAAGACUGUGUCGCCUAGCCCAUCAGGAGCCAUUGGUGGCCUUCUGGAGCAGUUUGCCCGAGGCGUUGGACUCAGAGGAAGCAGUGUCCUUUGACACUCCUCCUGCGGUCAUCACCACCACCACCACCACUACCACCUCAGAUAGGUUGCUUUCUAGUCCGAAAAAUGAAGGAACCUAAAAGCCAUGAGAGCCCAAGUGCUAGCUUCUGUUCUCGGCCAGGACCUCUGGCCCACCUCUUCUCUUAGGCUGCUGGCUGCACUGCCUGACUGACAACAACUCCGGGUCCAUUUGACUGUGGCCGUAGCCUCAGCGGCCUUGGGCUGAGCUGGUUUCCACUGAAAACUGGGAAGGGGGCUCACCCCCAUUCACGUAGAGCUUAGCGAGCUCUGUGAAAUCACCACAGUAAAAUGUGUCAAAAUACCCAA